AUGUUAAAGAUACAGACAGGUCUCUAUGCGAUAUUUUGGAAUGAUAUCUUGGGACAAGUAAACAAAACUAGUGAAACUUUACAGAAUCCUAGAUUAGAUGUGAACACAACUGUUUUAGCACUGCAAUCGCUAAGAAGCUUCAUAGGAACAAAACGAGAUAGCUUUGAAGAAUAUGUUGUGAAAGUUGCAGACUUGGAUGAUUUUGUUGGGUACGACAGUGAAACACAGCGUAAGCGUAAAAUAAAUGUGCGUUUGUCCCCUCUUGACAGUGUCCAAACACCAGAAAUUAAGAUGAGCUCUUCAAACAAAUUUCGAAUUCAGAGUAUUCUUCCUGUAAUAGAUCAACUUGAAUCUUCAUUGCAACAAAGGCUUGAGGCAUAUGAAUUAGUUGAUAACCGUUUUGGGUUUUUUUCGUUUCUAAAAGAUGAGGAUGGAAAAAAUGAUGAAGUUAUAUCUCGGGAAAAAUGGAUGUACCAGCUUCUAAUCGAACAAAAUUUAAAAGAUUGUUUUCCUAAUAUUGAGGUAGCUUUAAGAAUGUACCUGUCACUUAUGGUCAUUAACAGCAGCGGAGAAAGAUCUUUUUCAAAAUUAAAGUUGAUCAAAAACCGUCACCGAACAUCCAUGACAGAAGAAAGGCUCAAUACAUUAGCUCUACUUAGCAUUGAGAGUGACAUUUUAAGGUAA